AUAUCAGUUUUAGAUGGCAGAUGGAAACAAAGGUGAAGGCACUACACGUAAAGGAAGUGGAUCCAAGGAAGAAGAGGAGGACGAGGUCAACGUUCAGUUGAUAGCUUCAGACAGCGAUGAGUCAGAUGACGAGCCUCCCCGAAUGCAGUGAUUCGCUCUCAGCAGGAUCCAGACAGAGGUGACAUCAGACUAUCCACGAUCGAAGGUGAAAUCCCAGUAUCACCCAUUACCGGUGACACCCCGGUCCAGCCUAGUGUCCGCUUCACUGAGGACACCACAGAACGGGAUCCCAGGAUACUUACUGAAGAGGAGGAAAUGGGGGCGGCUGGUUUAGAAAUGUUACCUAGUCGGACAAGACACAGUUCAAAGAAAAGGAGAGAAACUAAGCAGGAGGUAGGUGAAACUGGUGAUCAACCUGGACCGUCACAAGAUGGAGAUGUGGAGAUGCGUCCCGUCUCCUCUGGUAGUCUCAAACGUACCACCUCCAGUCGGCGCAGCGUGCGGGGCACUCUCAAAGCCCGCAGUCGGCGCAGCGUAAAACGGGGGCCUGGCGAGAGUUUGAACAUUAUGGAUAGGAGGACACUCAGAAGGGAGGAACUCAAUCAGAUGGAGCAGUUUGAGAUAAAGAGUUUGCCUCUUUGUACCUGGUUGGGGUACAAUAUAUCCUUAACCGUGCAGAGAUCGUGGCAGAAAUUCACGGAGGGCCUUAACGAUUACAAGUAAGGACU